AUGGAACCCGGAUUCGUUUGGGGAAAUAAUUAUUGGACUUCAUCGAAGGAGUUAUGUCAAGUUUUGCGAGAGCCUCUUAUCAUCAGUUUAUCGCCUCGUUACGAAAGAAAUCAUCAUCAAAACCUUUCGACGGCUCGACCUCCUUUUUUGGUGAAUUAUCAAGUUGUUCAUAUCAAACACGAUUCCAAAUACCAAAUUGAACAAAAAAUUUACGACAAAAGUAUUGUUCACAUUGGAUUAUGCUUUCCUACUGUUUGUGACCCGAAAGAGACAUCAAUGCUCGUUGAUCAAGUACUCCAGAGAAAUAAAGAAGAAUAUUUCUUAAUUGGAGCUAAUUACACGAUUCUCGAUGCGAAACACACAACUGCCAGUGAAAGAGCUUUAGGAAAUGUCUUUUUGAUGUUGACUUUAAUUGGUCUAAGUAUCAUUUUGCUUUUGGUCAUAUUUGGCACUAUUUAUGGAAAAUGUCUUCGCAAACCCUUUUGGAAUAAUGUUGUCCUUACGCCGGAUAAAAAAGUUUCAGAUGGUAACGAAAUGGGAGUUAAAGCUCUUCAAAAUACAACAAAGCAAAGUCUAAUAUCCGAAAUUUUCACAAGUUUUUCAAUAAGUGACAAUUAUCAAAAACUUACCUCAAUUCACAUGACGAAGAAAUCCCUCUCAGCAAUCCAUGGCUUAAGUGGAUUUCUUUUGGCCUACACAUUUUUUGACCACUUGAAAGAAACUGAAGGGAAAGCAGCUAAAAAUCCAAUUAGAUUAUUAUGGAAAGCGAUUCUUUUAAGAUAUCUAAGACUUGCAAUUCCCUACAUUCCUGCCUUCCUCUUCACCACAUCGUUAGCAUUUUAUCUAAGAGACGCAUCAACAUACCAUUUCAUUGAACAAACAGACUACAAUUGCGAGCACUAUUGGUGGCGUAAUUUCUUGUUCAUCAACAAUUGGUGGAAAAUGUCAGAUAUGUGCAUGACAAAUUCUUGGUACUUGAGUGCUGAUUUCCAAUGUUUUUUGAUAACCAUCAUAUUACUUGUGCUUUCCUUGAGAUUUCCUAAAACUUCGAUUUUUGGCUUUGUUCUUGUAUUUUUGGGAUCUUGCAUUUAUUCAGGAUACGUUGGAUGGACAGAAAACUUUUCAUAUUUACUCGAUGUGCAGUUCAAUUCAAUUGAUACACUUUACUAUCCAACAUAUACUCGAAUUGGAGGCUACUUGGUUGGAGUGUUUUCUGGAUGGCUUUUUGUCAAACUCGACGAAGAUUUGAAACUUAAUAAAGUUUUUGUCGUAAUUGGAUGGAUAAUUGCUCUGACGAUAAACUUGUCACUAUUUCUUGCUCAAGUAUUCCGUGUUGAAAACCAAUAUUUAGGAAUGUUUUUCGCGGGAAUUUGUCGCCCAAUGUAUUGCGGAACCAUCAUGUGGAUAGUUUUCAUGUGUUCAAGAGGAUAUGGCGGAAUAGUAACAAAAAUUUUAGGAUCUCCAAGCCUUGUAGUUAUAAGUCGCUUAUCUUUCGCUGCUUAUUUGGUGAAUCCAAUUUUAAUUUAUUUUGUGUCAAUGAUUUCGGAUGUGCCAUUCCAUAUUGAACUUGUAAGCACGACAAUUACCGUAGUUGGUUAUGUAUAUUUAAUAUAUCGAUUAGCAACAGUAUUUUCAUUGCUGUUUGAAUUUCCAUUCACUCAAAUAAUUAAAAAGGUUUGUGAUCGAAUGGAAAAUCGAUCAGAAAAUAACAAUAAUAAGGAUUCGACGCAUUUAUAA